AUGCUAGCUCAAGGGAAGUAUGUUUCUAAACUUCGCGGACAUCGCGUACUCAUUUUGGGAGGGUCGUCAGGCUUAGGGCUAGCUGUGGCCGAAGGCGUUAUCGAAUUUGGCGGCCAUGCAAUUAUAUCGUCGUCGCAGCAGAGCCGCGUAGACAAGGCAGUAGAACGUCUGAAGUCUCGUUAUCCAAAUGCCAAAAGCGCAGUAGCUGGCAGCGCCUGCAAUCUGCUCUCUCCGGACCUUGAGAAUUCUCUUCAUGAGCUGUUCAAGAAACAUGGAAAAGUAGACCAUAUUAUCUUCACAGCGGGAGACAGUCUUUAUCUUCCCAGCAUUCAGGACUGGAGUCUUGAUGCAAUCAUCGACGCUGGCAGAGUCCGUUUCUUUGCCCCUCUCAUUGUAACCAAGGUUGGCUCGCAAUACCUGAACCCUGGUCCUCGAUCAUCAAUUACCUUCACCGGAGCGGCAUUAACGCAAAAGCCCCGUCCUGGAUGGGCUGUUAAAACUGCGUAUGCUUCUGCCAUGCAUGGCCUCGUUAAAGCUCUGGCCAUUGACUUGAAGCCGACCCGUGUCAAUGUAGUCGAUCCAUUCGCUACCAGGACCGAAAUGUGGGGUGACAAGACAGAAGCGGAACUAGAGGAGAUAGGCAAGGACAUCGCUAAGGACACCUUGACUGGAAUCUUCGCUUAUGCUGAGGAUGUAGCAGAAGCCUACUUAUACACCAUGAAAGAUGCAAAUGUGACUGGAACAGUGAUAGGAACAAAUAGCGGUUGGCCGUUGGCUUCAAGGAAUGUAGAAUAG